CACCUGACCUCAGGUGAUCUGCCCGCCUCGGCCUCCCAAAGUGCUGGGAUUCCAGACAUGAGCCACUGCACCCGGCCUAGAAGAUGGUAUUACAUGUCUUCAGGCUCAGAGCCUUUCCUCAGCCACAGCCAGUCUGCUCAUGAGUCCGUUCAAGUCAUUCUCCGUUUCUGUUACAGUGCUUUUCAUCUCUCCCAUUGCCUUUUCAGUCUUAGGAUUUCCACUUCUUGGCCUAUAUUGCCUGUUUUUGCAUGUUGUCUACUUUUUCCAUGAGAGCCCUUCACCUGUUAGUCGUACUUGUUUUACAUUCCCAGUCUGAUACUUCCAACGUCCCUGCCAUAUCUGGGGAGUUCUACUUUGUCUCUUCAAGCUGGGUCUUGCGCCGUUUAGUAUGCCUUGUCAUUUCUUUCUGGAAAGCUAGACACAAUGUACUGGGUGAAAGGCACUGAAGUAAACAGACCUCUAGUAAUGCCGUGGUGAGGUGCGGGCAGAGGGCAAGGAUUCCCUGAUCCUUUGAUGAGGUCUCAGUCCUUUAGUGAGCCUGUGCCCCGCGACACUGACCAUCACAAAUGCUUCUCAGUUCUUCCUUCUCUCACAGGCGGGACAGGAUGAAUCGAGGAAGCUGAUGUGGGAUACAUCUCUUUCCACAGGUCACUUAGACUCUGAUGAAACCCCCACAGGACUCAGUGGUCUUUGAGGAUGUGGCUGUGGACUUCACCCUGGAGGAGUGGGCUUUGCUGGAUUCUGCUCAGAGGAACCUCUACAGAGAUGUGAUGCUGGAGACCUUCCGGAACCUGGCCUCAGUAGAUAAGAAGACUCAAUUUAAAGCCAAUGGGUCAGUUUCUCAGCAGGAUACGUACGGGGAAGGAAAAUCUAAGGAACAGACAAUACCAAACUUCACAAGAAAUAAUUCCUGUGCCUACACUUUAGAAAAAACUUGUGAAGGUUAUGGCACUGAAGAUCACUACAAGAGAAAUUGUACAGUGGACAGAUUCUGUAACAAUAAUGAAGGUAAUCAAUAUGGAGAAGCCAUCCAUCAAAUGCCAAAUCUUACCCUGUUCAAGGAAAUUUCUGCUGGAGAAAAACCGUAUGAAUGCACCAAGUGUGGGACAGUCUUCACGCAUGUUUCUUCUCUUAAAAGGCACGUCACGUCUGUGUGUGGACGAAAAGCGCCUCCGUGUGAGGAAUGUAAGCAGGUCUGCAUUUGUCCCUCACACCUACACAGCCAUGGAAGAACCAACACUGAGGAGAAGCCCUAUAAGUGUCAGGCAUGUGGGCAAACUUUCCAACAUCCCCGUUCCCUCUCUCAGCACGUGAAGACUCACACAGCAGAGAAAACCUAUAAGUGCGAGCAGUGUCGGAUGGCAUUUAAUGGUUUUGCAAGUUUCACUAGACAUGUGAGAACUCACACAAAAGACAGGCCAUAUAAAUGUCAGGAAUGUGGGAGAGCCUUCAUUUAUCCCUCGACAUUUCAAAGACACAUGACAACACACACUGGAGAGAAGCCCUAUAAAUGUCAACACUGUGGGAAAGGCUUCAGUUACCCCCAGGCUUUUCAAAGACAUGAGAAGACGCACACGGGAGAGAAACCCUAUGAAUGCAAGCAGUGUGGGAAAACAUUCAGUUGGUCUGAAACCUUGCGAGUACACACGAGGAUCCACACUGGGGAGAAACUCUAUAAAUGUGAACACUGUGGGAAGGCUUUUACCUCUUCCAGAUCAUUCCAAGGUCAUCUGAGGACGCACACAGGAGAGAAACCUUAUGAGUGUAAAGAAUGUGGAAAAGCCUUCAGUUGGUCCUCAACGUUUAGAGAACAUGCAAGAAUUCACACACAAGAGCAGCUCUAUAAAUGCGAACACUGUGGGAAGGCUUUUACCUCUUCCAGAUCAUUCCAAGGUCAUUUGAGGACGCACACGGGAGAGAAGCCUUAUGAGUGUAAACAAUGUGGGAAAACCUUCACUUGGUCCUCAACGUUUAGAGAACAUGCAAGAAUUCACACACAAGAGCAGCUCUAUAAAUGUGAACACUGUGGGAAGGCCUUUACUUCUUCCAGAGCAUUCCAGGGUCAUUGGAGGAUGCACACUGGAGAGAAGCCUUAUGAGUGUAAACAGUGUGGGAAAACCUUCACUUGGUCCUCAACCUUACAUAAUCACGUGAGGAUGCACACUGGAGAGAAACCUCACAAAUGUAAACAAUGUGGGAUGUCCUUCAAGUGGCCCUCCUCCUUCCGAAACCAUCUGAGGAUGCACGCAGGACAGAAAUCCCACGAAUGUCAGUCACACUCAAAGGCCUUCAGUUGUCAAGUCAUUCUUUCUAAAACCAGUGAGAGUACACACUGAAGAGAAAUUCAAUAACUAAGUAACAUGGGGUAACCUCACAUUAAUUCAUGUAUAAUUCGCCACAAACUCUACACCAGGAGAGAAAUAUUACAAGUAUGACAUUGUAUUUGUCAAUACCUCAUUUGUCAAACAGAGCCAUUAGAGAAAAUAAUUCUCUAAGUCCUCUUUCAGCUAUAAUACCUAUGUUUUAAUAGUUAAGUGUUUUAUCUCUUAGAGUCCAGCUCUGUCGCCCAGGCUGGAGUGCAGGGGCGUGAUCACAGCUCACUGUAACCUCCGCCUCCCGGGUUCACGCCAUUCUCCUGCCUCUGCCUCCCAAAUAGCUGGGACUACAGG